AUGAGCUUUGCUAAACCUAAAGAUAAGAGAAGUUGCUCUAAAGAGUAGAUUAAAUCCCCAUAAAGAGUGUCUUCUGGAAAGAAAUUGAUUCAAUAAAAUAUUCAUAAUAGGCUGAUUUUAAACCCAUACAAUAAACAAUAGUAGAAUCUUUUUGUGUAAUUUACAAAACGUGAACAUACACCUAACUAAUCUCCAAGUUCAAAAGGUCAUCACUUGCAUACUAUAUCUGGAGAUUAAAUGUCAAGCCCAAGAGAAACAAAAAGGUUUACUUACUAAGCAAGCAAUAUUAGAUUAAACACAUCAAUAUCUCAUGUUGACCGCAUUGAUAAACUAGAAGAAAAUCUGAAUAGAGUUUGUUACAAUUUAGAUUCAAUCCUUCCAUUAUUAAAUUUAUUAGACUCUUAGCUACUAAAAAAUGGGUAAAUCUAAGAUUAAAAUUUGAGCAAUAGCUCUUCAUCACCAAAUUUGUUUUAAAAGAAUGAAUCUUUUUUCACUUUGUGUAAGAAAUUAAAUGAUCAUGAGACUAAGAUUUUACAAUAAGAAAAGGCAAUUUAAAGCUUGAAAGAGAAAGUAGAUAAAAAAGAUAAUGGUUACUCAUUUUUUAAUUAGUCUUCAAAUAGAAGCUUUUAGAUAGGAGGAAAGGAAAAUAUGUAAAAUGAAUUGCAAAAUGCGAUUAAAUAGUUAAAAUUAGAAGAAAGAAUUUCUUAAAUAGAAGUAAACUUUACCAGAGAGUUAGAAUAAUAAAAAUAGAACAAAUCAAAUUCAUAAUCGUAAAGGGAGCUUGAGUCAUAGAUAUCUUAAUUAUAGAAACAAAUUGAUGAAAUUUAGGCGUAGUAAGAAAAAUAACGUUCAAUAUAAGAAUCUUAAUACUCUCAGCUACAAAGCAAUAUCAUAAAUAUAUCAAAUAAAAUUCCAAAUUUAAAUUAAAAUUUUGCUAGCUUUUAAAGAAAUUCCGAUUCUUCUUCAAUUGUAAAUAACUAAUUAAAUGCGAUUAAUGACUAAAUAUCUGAAUUCAAGGAGUUUAAGCAAUUUUGCUGGAAAGAAAUGGAUAGUCUUUGGAGAAACAUCGGUCAUUUGUUUUGCGAAGUAGAAAUGAGGAAUUUAAAUGAUUUACAAUAAAAAAUAGACUCUUAACUGCAAGAAAUACCUUCUACUCUUUCUCAGCAUGAAAAAAUUCUUAAAAUUUAAAUCAUAGAAUAUUUUAAUUUACUUUCUUCUAUUGAAAAAUUCAAUCAUUUAAAUCAGCAAAGAUUAAUGAGUCAACUGAAGGAAUAUAAUCAACAAAUUGAUAAAUUGUACAAGUAACUUUAAUCUAGCUACAACAAUUUCACCUUUAAAGAAGUAGAUAUGUACUAGCAAGAGAUUGAAACUCUUGAAGACAGAUUUAUUAACAUUAAAUUUUAAAUUGAAGGCACAAAGCAAAAAAUGAUUUUUGAGCUUAAAAAACUCGAAGAAAAGCAACAGUUGUUAGAAUUAUCAAAACAAAGUAUGAUAGGGAUGGAGUAUUUGAAUAAAGAAUUAGUUAAAUAAGAUUUACUUAUAAUAGAUCAUCUAAAAUAGAAGAUUAAAUAACUUAUGGAUGACGUUGGUAAAAAUAUAAAAUAAAUAUCUGAUGAGUCUGAUACUAUUAUGUAUAGGCUAACUAAUCAGAUUAAAAAUGGAGUAGUAAGCUUAGAUAGGGCUAAAAGAAAUUCUAGUUCGUUCUAAAAGUCUAUUAGGGGAUCUGAGUAUGAUAGUUUUAUGGGUAUUAAGAACGUUCGUAAAUAUACUUUUGGAUAAAGUGAUGAGAUUAUAUAUUAACCAUACACUUAGAAUUAAUUUUUCAUAUAGCUUCAAGCAAUUCAAACAGAUUAAGGAGAUGAAAUUAAGGAGUAUUGA